AUGAAUAAAUAUUACGCGGAGUUCUUAGUGGUCUUCACUCCAGGAGUCAUGAAUAAUUAUUACGCUGAGUUCUCAGUAGAGCUGUCUCAUUUAGCUACAGCCAACACAAAUUCUUCGUCCGCCUCAAACACCACCAUUACCGAAGGAGACAACAUCACCAAGCCAAACUGCCCACGCCGAUGCGGAAAUCUGACAGUCCCAUACCCAUUCGGCAUCGGGAUAGGAAGCGGCUGUGCCAUCGGUGAGUGGUUUGAAGUCAACUGCAGCACCGCCUUCAAUCCCCCCCGGGCGUUCAUUGCACAGGGUAAUAUCCAAAUUUACAAUAUUUCCGAUAAUCAAAUGCGUGUUGCAAAUGUAGUGGCGAAAAAGUGCUAUGAUGAAUCCGGAGUCGUCGUGGACGAAAACACUGCGUGGACAAAUAUUACAAUGACACCAUUCAGUUUCUCAGAAUCCAACAAAUUCACCAUGAUCGGGUGCGAUGACUACGCUUACAUGAUGGGCGGCCAAGACAUCGAGAAUUUCACUAUUGGGUGUGAUUCUCAGUGUUACAGCACCGAAGCUGUACUGGACGGAUAUUGUUCCGGCAUUGGUUGCUGCCAAACACCGGUGCCAAAGAGCUUGAAGUACUACGAUAGCAGCGUGCAUAGUUUUAAUAAUCACUCAGGCAUCGUAUCAUUCAAUCCCUGCGGCUAUGCAUUUCUCGGCGAGCAGGAGAGUUUCACCUUCCGUGGCGUGGAAGAUUUUUUGGAUACCAAUUUCAAGGAGAGGAUCGAGAAAACUGUCCCCAUUGUUCUAGAUUGGGCACUCAGCAAAAGAACUUGUGACGAAGCUCAAUUUUCCUCGGACUAUGCUUGUAGAAAUAAUAGUUUCUGUGUUGAUACAAACAAUGGUCUUGGAGGUUAUCGUUGCAGCUGUAACGAAGGCUUCCGAGGAAAUCCUUAUCUCCACCCCGGCUGCGAAGACAUUGAUGAGUGCGCAGAUCCAAACAACAACAACUGUGAAAAGAUUUGCGUUAAUACACCUGGGGGUUUUAACUGUUCUUGUCCACACGGCUACUAUGGAGAUGGCUUUAAGGAUGGACGUGGUUGCAUUGCUUAUAACUCCAAAUUUCCUGUAAUCAAGUAUUCCUUAGGUAUUGGAUUUGGGUUCUUGACAUUAGUUAUUGCAAUAACUUAUCUUUAUACUGCUCCAAGCACCUCAAAUGACUUGUAUUCUAUUCAAAUGGGGCCUUAUACAAGCACUGGGGAUUUCUCUGGACAAUACAGCUCCGACAGUGCUCGUUUGAUGUUUCCUGUAAACAGCCCUCGGUGA